AUGUAUGGUGGACCUGGAAGUGGUGUUGGUGGUUCAAGCUUCAGCUAUAGGGUUGGUAGUGGAUAUGGUGGUGGCUCUGGAUUUGGUGCUGGUGGUGGAUUUGGUGCUGGUGGUGGAUUUGGUGCUGGUGGAGGAAUUGGAAGUUAUGGUUUUGGGUCUGGUACUGGAUAUGCUGGUGGAUUUUGUCCACUUGGCAUCACACCUGUUACUGUCAACAAAAGUCUCCUUAUACCACUAAAUUUGGAGAUGGAUCCAAGGUUACAAGAAGAAAAAAAAGAAGAAAAAGAGCAGAUUAAAACACUCAACAACAAAUUUGCCUCCUUCAUUGACAAGGUUCGUUUUCUUGAGCAACAAAAUAAAGUGCUAGAAACUAAAUGGACACUUUUACAAGAGCAGAAAACUGUGAAAAGUAAUAUGGAACCCAUGUUUGAGUCUUAUAUAACAUGUCUAAGACAGAAACUUGAAUUCAAUAAUAGGGACGGAAUUAAACUGGAAGCUGAACGUAAAAACAUGCAAGAUGUGGUAGAGGAUUAUAAAAAAAAAUAUGAAGAUGAAAUUCAUAAGCGCACCACUGCUGAAAAUAAUUUUGUUGUCCUUAAAAAAGAUGUGGAUGCUGCCUUCUUGACUAAAGCAGGACUCGAGGCAAAGGUUGCAGAGUUGAUAGCUUUUAUCAAAUUCUUACAAGAAAUAUUCCAGCUGGAGAGAGAACAGCUCUAUGAACAAAUUUCAAAUACUUCAGUUGUGGUGAGCAUGGAUAACAACAGAAAUCUGGAUACGGAGAGCAUCAUUGCAGAGGUCAAAGCUCAAUACGAGGAUAUGGCUAACAAGAGCAGAACAGAGGCUGAAUCAUGGUAUCAAACUAAGUAUGAGGAAUUGCGUAUCUCCGCUAAUAAGCAUGGCGACGACUUAAGGAACACCAAAAUUGAAAUUGCAGAGCAAAACAGAAUGAUAAACAGACUUAAGGGAGAAAUAGACAGUGUUAAAGCUCAGCGAGCCAAGUGCGAAUCUGCUAUAGCAGAGGCUGAAGAACGUGGAGAAGCUGCUAUCCAAGAUGCUAAAAAUAAACUUGAUGAGUUGGAGGAUGCUCUACAAAAAUGCAAGCAUGACCUGGCUCGCCAAAUUCGUGAAUGCCAAGAAUUGAUGAAUGUCAAAUUGGCUUUGGAUGUGGAGAUUGCCACCUACAGGAAACUUCUGGAAGGAGAAGAGAACAGGUUGUGCGGAGAUGGCGGCCCUGUCAGUAUCUCGGUGGUGAGCUCCACUAUUGGAGGAAUCGUUUCUUCAGGUGGAGGAGGCUAUGAUAGUGGAAGCGGAUUCUACCAUGGAGGAUCUGGCUUCACCUCUGGCAGUGGAAGAAAUGUGUCUGGAACUAGAUUUAGCAGUGGAAGCGGCAUGAGCUCUGGAUAUUCCACAGGUGGAUUACACAGUGGUUCUGUUGAGCAUGUUACAGGUGGUCUGCACACCCCUGAGGGUUAUUCUUCUGGUGGUGGAAGCAGCUCAAGUGUUAGCAUUGUCAGAAAAUCAUCAUCCACAAGAAAAGUCUAA